GCCCUCUUCCGCUGCCGCCGUGGGAAUGGAAACAUCUGCCCCACGUACCGGAAGCCAGCUUGCGGCGGUGACGGCGCGCCACUCCGCGUCCUACCGCGCCGAAACGCUGCGGGUGUCAUCGCGAGACGAGCUCGCCGAAAUGGCCGCGUCCAGUCAAGGAAACUUUGAGGGAAAUUUUGAGUCACUGGACCUUGCAGAAUUUGCUAAAAAGCAGCCAUGGUGGCGCAAGCUGUUUGGGCAGGAAUCUGGGCCCUCAGCUGAAAAAUAUAGUGUGGCAACCCAGCUGUUAAUUGGAGGUGUCACUGGAUGGUGCACAGGUUUCAUAUUCCAGAAGCUUGGAAAGUUGGCUGCAACAGCUGUGGGAGGUGGAUUUUUUCUCCUUCAGCUUGCACACCAUACUGGGUACAUCAAGGUUGACUGGCAGCGAGUAGAGAAGGACAUGAAGAAAGCCAAGGAACAGUUGAAGAUCCGUAAGAGCAACCAGAUACCUACAGAGGUCAAAAGCAAAGCAGAGGAGGUAGUGUCAUUUGUGAAGAAGAAUGUUCUAGUCACUGGGGGAUUUUUCGGAGGCUUUCUGCUUGGCAUGGCAUCCUAAGGAGGACAACUUCACUUUCCUUAUUCCUGUUUUUUUCCAACCAGCAGCCUCUUCACUCCAUCAUAGGACAUCAAGUCUCUCCUGCUUCUCUUCUUCCAUGACUUCCGAAUGGCUUCUGUAGGCAUCUGUCGGUACAAGUUGAUAUGGCCCUAUUGUGAACUUGAUGGCAACGGAAGAGACCAUAGACAUUAGCUCUUCUCCCAGCACAUUCCCCGCUUGACUAAUCUGUAGGUCAGCAGAAAUGUUCCUUUCCCCCCUCCCAUCUAAGAUACUUAACAGAGCCUGGUAUAUAAGAUGGCUCGCCUUGGAGGAUGAGUGGAUCCUCAAAGGUUGUCCCAGACUUGAUUUGGAAAAGAAAUCGCAAGCAUAGAGAUACUUUAUGUGCUGCAUGGGAAGGAACUGAAUACAUUUGCCUUUAAGCAUGAAAGACUUGGUA